AAACGGCUACCACAUCCAAGGAAGGCAGCAGGCGCGCAAAUUACCCAAUCCCGACACGGGGAGUACAAUUUAAAUCCCUUAACGAGGAACAAUUGGAGGGCAAGUCUGGUGCCAGCAGCCGCGGUAAUUCCAGCUCCAAUAGCCUCGUAGUUGAAUUUCGGGGUUCUACCGUUGGUCGGGCUUUGUCUGUACUGGCGUGUGGAAUUUCUACCUUCUGGGGAACUAUCAU